AUGGUUCCGUCAGUUCAGCACUUGGCUGACCAGGCAAGUGCUGGUCAAGCAGCCAGCAAGCAGGGUAGACUGGAACAGGUAGAGAAGGAGCUGGUCACAGUGUCUGCCCUAGUCAAGGACCCCAAGCUGUCUACCCCACGCCCCAUGGGUCUCCCGGUCGCGGCCAGCUACGACAGAGCCUGGAUUCGAACCAGGAUCUCUAGUGGCACAGAGAUCCUGGUUCCACUCAGGAGAUCAGUGGGUAGCCAGCCUUAUGUCAGACUUGUGUAUCUGUCUGGACAGACAGAUGUUAUGGCUAAUAACAGCCGUCUGACCUCUGACGUCAUCUCAACCUUCAGCAAGAUGAUGAGUGCCCACCGUGGAGAUGUCAUCUGUACUGUCACCACCGCACAGUCUCUGGAUGCUGCCAACCUCAAAGACCUGAACGUUGCUCUGAUUGGCUUCCUGGCCAAAGGAGAGACGCUCAAGCUGGAGACUAAGUCUGACCCCUCCAUCCUGGGUGGAAUGAUAGUCAGCAUCAGGGACAAGUAUGUGGACAUGUCUACCAAGACCAAGAUCCAGAAACUGACCAAGAUCAUUAGGAAGACCUAAGAAUUGGCAUAGAAUGUGCCCCAAAUGGCACCAUAUUCCCUAUCUAGUGCACUACUUUUAGCCAGGGCCAAUAGGGUUCUGGUCAAAAGUAGUGCACUAUAUAGGGCUACGAGGCCAGGCUGAGGGAAUAGGGUGCCAUUUGGGAUUUAUUUUUAUGCAUAAUCAACUGGACCUGUGAACUCAAUAGGAAAUGAAUGGGGACAAUGUUAAGGGGAAAUGCUUAUGGAUAUUAUUGCUUCCCAGCUUUUGAGUAUUACAGUAAAUCCAGUCUU